GCUGAGCGGGAGCAGGGACUCGCGGGAAUCGCGCCGCCCGGGUCGCUGGGAGCUCGCCCGUCGCCCCUGCUCUGCGCAGACCGCAGCCACAGCCGGACUGGUGGGAACGGCGGCGACAGACGGAUUGACUGACAGUCCCAGGCGUCAGAGCAGCCUCGAAGCGUCGGCGUCCGCGUCCGCGUCAGCGUCCGCUUGUCCCGGAGCCUGGGCAGGUGCCGCGCGGAGGGCGCCCCAGGGCCAGCGCUGAGGCCGCAGACGCCGCCCGCCGAGCCCCGCCCCCUGCUCGCCGAACUCAGCUCCCUGUUCGCCGUCGGGGCGUCCCCGGGCCCAGGGGCGGCCCCGGAGCUGAUGCGCGCCCGCUGAGCGCCCCCGGCCCGCCAUGGCCGCGCUCCCGGGCCCGCUCUGGCUCCUGGGCCUGGCGUUGUGCGCGCUGGGCGGGGGCGGCCCCGGCCCGCGACCCCCGCCCGGCUGUCCCCAGCGACGUCUGGGCGCGCGCGAGCGCCGGGACGUGCAGCGAGAGAUCCUGGCGGUGCUCGGGCUGCCUGGGCGGCCCCGGCCCCGCGCGCCACCCGCCGCCUCCCGGCUGCCCGCGUCCGCGCCGCUCUUCAUGCUGGACCUGUACCACGCCAUGGCUGGCGACGACGACGAGGACGGCGCGCUCGCGGAGCGGCGCCUGGGCCGCGCCGACCUGGUCAUGAGCUUCGUCAACAUGGUGGAGCGAGACCAUGCCCUGGGCCACCAGGAGCCCCAUUGGAAGGAGUUCCGCUUUGACCUGACCCAGAUCCCGGCUGGGGAGGCGGUCACAGCUGCAGAGUUCCGGGUUUACAAGGUGCCCAGCAUCCACCUGCUCAACAGGACCCUCCACGUCAGCAUGUUCCAGGUGGUCCAGGAGCAGUCCAACAGGGAGUCUGACUUGUUCUUUUUGGAUCUUCAGACGCUCCGAGCUGGAGACGAGGGCUGGCUGGUGCUGGAUGUCACAGCAGCCAGUGACCGCUGGCUGCUGAAGCGUCACAAGGACCUGGGACUCCGCCUCUAUGUGGAGACUGAGGAUGGGCACAGCGUGGAUCCUGGCCUGGCCGGCCUGCUGGGUCAACGGGCCCCGCGCUCCCAACAGCCUUUCGUGGUCACUUUCUUCAGGGCCAGCCUGAGUCCCAUCCGCACCCCUCGGGCAGUGAGGCCACUGAGGAGGAGGCAGCCGAAGAAAACCAACGAGCUGCCGCAGGCCAACCGACUCCCAGGGAUCUUUGAUGACAUCCAUGGCUCCCACGGCCGGCAGGUCUGCCGGCGGCACGAGCUCUACGUCAGCUUCCAGGACCUCGGCUGGCUGGACUGGGUCAUCGCCCCCCAAGGCUACUCGGCCUAUUACUGUGAGGGGGAGUGCUCCUUCCCGCUGGACUCCUGCAUGAACGCCACCAACCACGCCAUCCUGCAGUCCCUGGUGCACCUGAUGAAGCCAGACGCAGUCCCCAAGGCGUGCUGUGCACCCACCAAGCUGAGCGCCACCUCUGUGCUCUACUAUGACAGCAGCAACAACGUCAUCCUGCGCAAGCAUCGCAACAUGGUGGUCAAGGCCUGUGGCUGCCACUGAGUCCGCCCGCCCGGCCCAGCUGCAGCUGCCCUUCUCAUCUGGAUUGGGCCCCACAGAGGCAGAAAACCCUUAAAUGCUGUCACAGCUCAAGCAGGAGUAUCAGGGGCCCUCACUCUGUGCCUACUUCCUGUCAGCCUUCUGGUCCUUUCUAGGUCCCUCUGUGCCCCUCCCCUGGGGUUGGUAGCUGUCACCCUGCCCGACACUUUGGUGGCCUAAGGCACACAGCUGCCUCAGAGCCUGUGCUGACUGCACUGUCUGGAGUCUGCACAGAAGUCCUAUCUUAGGACCUGUCAGACUGGCUGGCCCUGGAUGGUCUGAGGUUGGCUGACCCAAGCUUUUCUCCAUUCACCAGAGAGUUUAGGUGUGGGGAGAAGGGCUCUGCCUCUUCCCAGGUACAACACUGGCCAUUUCUGGGCAUAAUUGGACACGCUCAUGUUCUCAGCACAGUGUGUUCUGGGAUUCUUCUCAUUUGGUCCGGGGUGCAGUUAGCAUAUUAGAAAAAGGAUAAGCUGGACAUCCCCAUGAAGCCACUGGGGAUUUGUAUUUUUUUUUUUUUUUUUUUUUUUUUUUAGACGGAGUCUCACUCUGUUGCCCAGGCUAGAGUACAGUGGUGCAAUCCUGGCUCACUGCAACCUCCGCCUCCCAGGUUCAAGCAAUUCUCGUGCCUUAGCCUCCUGAGUAGCUGGGAUUACAGGGGCCCACCACCACGCUCGGCUCAUUUUUGUAUUUUUAGUAGAGAUGGGGUUUCACCAUAUUGGCCAGGCUGGUCUCGAACUCCUGACCUCAGGUGAUCCACUCGCCCGGCCUUCCAAAAAGUGUUGGGAUUACAGGCGUUAGCCACCAUGCCUGGCCACUGGGGAUAUUUUAUGUCAUGUGUAUUCAUUCCCUUGCCCUGGGCCUGCCCCUUCUGCCUGGGAAGGAGGUAUGACUCCCAGAGGAGCAAAGAAUCCUGGGGGCUUCCAGUUCCCUCCACCAUCUCUACCAUGCUGACCCAUUUGGGGCUCAGCACUGAGACAGAGGCAAGACCAGCAGCUCCAACACGUGUAGGCUGGCACAAAGCAAAUGCCCCCGCAGCCUACUCCCCUUGCCCAUGGCUCAUGUCAGUAA